AUGGCCCUCAAUGAGAUUGGAGUGAUCGCACCGCCUGCCGGGGUCACGCCCGACUUUGCGCACCCUACACGACAUCUGCACACGGCAAAUCGCGUGGUCGUCAUUGUAGGAACGACUGCUAGUGCCAUCUCUCUGCUGGUGCGCAUCUACAGCCGGCUGGUGGUGGUGAGGAAAUGGAUGCUGGAUGACACUGUUCUCGUGCUUUCAUGGAUGUUCGCAGCCAUCACACAAUCCGUCUUACUCUACGGAUACACUCACGCUGGGCUUGGGAUCCAUCAAUGGGAGCUCACAGUAGAAGACUACAACAAGUCACUGAAGGUUCUCAUGGCUGGCGCAGUCAUGUACAUCCCAGCCCUCGGACUCUCCAAGAUCGGCCUCAUCAUUCUCUAUUAUCGCCUGUCCGAUAUGCAGCGCAGCUGGCGAAUCAUCCUAUGGAGUUUCACGAUCUUUGUCAUAUCCUACAUGGUCAUUCUCGAAUGCUUGUUCCUCUUCGGCUGCAACCCGAUCCAGAAGGCCUGGGACGUAGCCAUUGAGGGGCAGUGCAUCAGCCGGGCCUCGAUUUUCUUGGCCGGCACGUGCGCCAGUAUCUUCAUCGACAUUGUCUUGGUGAUCACGCCUCUCCCGGUGGUGGUGGGGCUCAACAUGGCGCCCAAGAAGCGCGUGGGGGUGGCCUGCAUGUUUGGGCUUGGCGGACUGUCCCUGGUAACCAGUUGUAUGCGGUUGGUGUCGGUCGUCCCAAUGCUGCAUACCAACGACGAAUCCUAUCGGCUCGGGGCUAUGGUGUUGUGGAUGUAG